AUGGCCCCUCCACCGCCAGCCUCGAUGCCUUUGGGCCAGCGCCUUGCUGCCCUUGCGCAAACUCUGCAGUUUGCCUGGUUCGCCGGCCAUGUCACGCUGCUGCUCUCUACGCUGCGCUACGGCUUGUCGUACAUUACCUUUAGCUAUUACUCGCGAUGGGCCUCGUUCUCGUACCGCACUGCCUUCCUGUCGGCCUGCGUCACGUACGGCAUUGUCGUCUACAAGGCAUACCGCGCCCGCAUGAGGGCAGGAAAGCAGACUGGUGUCGUUGCGCUGGCCACGGAUGAGAAUGUACAGUACUUGAUCAUGGCCCUGACCUGGCUCUUCUCCCGCCAGAUCCCUCUUGCUAUCCUUCCCUUCUCCGUCUACUCCGUCUUCCACGUCGCUACCUAUGUGCGCUCCAACCUGCUGCCCACGAUCCAGCCCCCGCCCGCCGCUCAGUCUGGCGCCAAGCCCCCGGCAUCGGCCGCCUCUGAAGCCAUUGGCAAGUUUGUCAAGGAAUAUUAUGAUGGUUCCAUGACGCUGGUUGCCACGCUCGAGAUCUUCCUCUGGUUCCGCGUCUUUGGCUCUGCGCUCCUCUUCCAGAAGGGCUCUUGGAUCCUGCUCGCAGUCUACACCGUCUUUUUCCGCGCUCGUGUUGCGCAGAGCAGCUUUGUCCAGGACGCUAUUAACCAGCUCACGGCUCGUAUUGAUGCUCAGCUUGCCAACCAGAGUACUCCUCCUGCUGCCAAGCAAGGUUGGGCUACCUUCAAGACUGUUGUUCGCCAGGCUGCCGAUGCCACCGACAUUCGCAGGUACGUUGGCGGCCAGCCCGGUGCGGCUCCCAAGAAGGCCCAGUAA